ACAAGGAAGAAGUAGGAGUGUUAAUACAAGUCUGAGCAGCUCCCAGGACUGCAGAUAAUGGGGAGAAAGAGCAAGCUGACAGACUACCUGCCUGUGGCACGGCAUGGCAACAAGGACAGUCAAACUAAAGAGGAGAAAGGUAAUGGGGAGAGCACAAUCGAGGAGAAGAGACAGUCAUUAUGUAGAAGAGCAGGGGCCAAUGAGCAACAAGGCGCUGUGUUCCUGGAGUUAUCUCCCUUAGACAAGCUGAUCCAGUUUGAUCUAGACUGGCGAUAUGGACCUUGUACAGGAAUCACACGUUUGGAACGUUGGCAGAGAGCAGACGAGUUGGGACUGAAACCUCCAAAGAACAUAAAAGACAUUCUAAUGGCCCACCAUGCGGAUGCCCAGUACCAGCUCAACUUGUGGAGUUCAUACGCCAUCUGAGAUCAUGUGAUGUAACUGAGAACGCCGACUUAAAGUACAAUGGUCAAGUGAAUGACCUAAAUUGCUCAGGGAUUAAAAAUUUAAUGAAGGAUGAUAUACCAUGCUACCAUUCCCACAAUUGCUGGUAACAAUGAAGAUUUGUGAUCUGCUUUCUAAGAUGGACAUUGAACAACCCUAAAUGGGUUGUCCUGUAAGAUUAAUAUCAAGAAAGAGGGAAAAUGUGGUUUUAAAAUAAAAAUAAAAUUCUCAGCUGCUGCUCUUCUGACGGUCAAUGGGUAUUUGGGGAGCAUCAGAGAAGCAACUGCUAGAGAUCAGGAUGUCGAGGGGGGAGUGAGCAACACUUUUUUAUCAGAUAGGACAGAUAAUGUCAAUUAACUAUUUAACUGUACAGCCUAUAUAACACCUACAACACUAUAGCCGUACUGUGUACUUCUAACAACUUUAAUAAACAAUCCUCAAGGUCUGCUGGAUAAAACUUUUAUUGGGUGGCAUAUAUGUGCUGCUGCUCUAACCUAAAAGAUAAAGAAUUUAUGGUGAGUAAAAAUUACAUUUUCAUUUACAUUCUGUAGCAGAAGUACCAAUGGGGAUUUAGCUAUCAACCAUUUGAUAGUGUAGUUUUGCACUACGGAAUGUAGUACCACUCUAUUGAAGGAUGGUUGUUCAGAUUUUCCCAUACUUAACCUGUAGUACUUCAAAACGUGUAAGACAGAGAUUAAUAGGCGGUUCUAAAGGUCUGGUCAGUAAGGAUAUAUUUAUUUUCCACUCAUGAGGUAGACACUGCUGUUGAUGAGUUAGUUCUUCUAGUUCUGGUGCAUUAUGGUGCUUGUAACCCAGCUUGCAUAUUGCAAAUAUAAAUUAUUUCCUGUGUUUAUCUGAAUAAAACAUGGUAGACAUUUUAUGAUCCUUGUUCCUCCCUGAAAAAAUUAAAAUAAAUGCUCCGA